UCUUGCACGGUUCGGUUCGUUUGGUUUGGAACGUAUCAAAAUCGCGUUCGAAAGUGCUUUAUUUUUGCUAAUUUGUGUUCUUUUUCACGCGUAGUCUGUUCGUUAUUUGUCAGUGCACGAGAAGUAUUCUAUUAUUCAGGAAUUGCUGUAGAAAAAUCGGUUUACGGAAAAUGUAAAUUGAAAACUGUGAAUACGCUAUUUUUUAAGGAAGAAUCUCAAAAGUUGUCAUAAACGAGGGACCCGAUAAUUUUAGCAAACCAUCGAUGUGUGCAACCGAACGGGAAAGCUAAAAUGCGAAACAUCACCUCGAAUUGCCACGAACAUGGCACUGUGAAAUAGCAGAGCUAGGUAUCGGUUUGUUGUCUACCUGUGCCCAGUUACUAUUUUGUUAGUGAAAAAGAGAGUUCGACUGCAGGAAAAUAUGAAAAUAAUACGUAUGUGCUUUUCCCCGUGGUAAACGAUACUUGCCUCCUCAGCUGUGUGUAGUUCCUGUACCUCUUUUCGCGCAAAGGGUGGUCUGCCGUGUGCUUUGUUCCAGUGAAACGAGAGCUGCUUUCUGCCAGCGGAAUACAAGAAAUUCAGCCCCAACAGAGGCAGCCGCCAGAGAGUGCCCCACAGCGGAAUCAAAACUGCGAUACAGAAGAGGGCUGACUGCUCCAGCAACUAACCAACAACGCCGCCGCAGCAGUAAAUCUAUGCUAAUGACGAGUGAUCAUGAAAACUGCAAUGAUGUAGAACGUGAGUUUGCAAAAUGUGCAUAUCCAAAGUGCAACGGCAGCUUCAGUAGUGGCAGCAGCAAGUGGCAUCGCUGCACCCCGGCCGUGUUUGUGUGAAUUCAGAAAAUUAUUCACGAACCAGCAGCGAAAGGCAGAACCAGUUUUCCUGCACCGCAUUAUCAAUUUCCAUCCCGCGAGUGCAUGUGUGUAGAAGAUAUAUACACAUAGUUUUUCGUAAUAUAAUUUCAUCUUUCGGAAUGAACGUCUUGUGUUUGCUUCGCGUAUGUGUUCUCGCUGGUUAACUCGAUGUGUGCGUUGCAGUGUACGUGUCGACCCUGCACUAUCGUCCCGCGUUUCCUAUCAGCAACGAGUGGUGGUCUCUAAGUGAAUGCGAGAAACUAAAGAUAAAUGACUGAUCGAAAAUUGCCAAUUAGUUUGUCGGACCACAGCGAGUUCGGAAUCAAUCACGGAGCUGGCAGCAUCAUCGGUGCCGGGGUCGGGAGCGGCAGCAGCAUUGGCCUGACAGUCGGUGGCGCUGGAAGCUUAGGGAUUGGCGGCAUCGGUGGCUCGUCCGUAGCGUCCGUGGCCGGAGUUGGCGGCAGCAGCGGGAAUGUCAGCAGCAAGCAUGCCAUUGCACGUCUGAAGCACACCAAUUCUCUCACUGCCGGUAUCCCGCCGGAAUUGUACGACAAGGGCAACCGAUUGUCGCAUUCCAGUGAUACCAGCCAAACGGACACGAUGACGUCGGUAACCAGUUCGUCGCUCGACUCGGACGAGGUUGACCUGUCCGGUCUGGUGGAAUCGGUAGUCGAUUCCGACGAGGAAGAUAUUGCCGAGAGUAUUGAUAGCAUGAGUGUGCGAGAUACCGUUCGGGAGUGUUUGGAAAAGGAUCCGAGCGAUCGUACGAUGGACGAUAUCGAGAUACUAUUGGAGUUUACGCAGAAGCUGAAGGCAUUCACCAACAUGACGUUCGCUGUGCGACGGGCACUGUGCUCGGUGAUGGUGUUUGCCGUGGUCGAAAAGGCCGGUACGAUUGUGAUGAAUGACGGGGAGGAGCUGGAUUCGUGGAGCGUUCUCAUAAACGGACAUGUAGAGAUUGAACAUAGCAAUGGUGAGAUGGAGUAUCUGCACAUCGGCGAUAGUUUCGGAAUUAUGCCGACGAUGGACAAGCUGUACCAUAGGGGAAUUAUGCGGACCAAAUGUGAUGAUUGUCAGUUUGUGUGUAUCACUCAGACGGAUUACUAUCGGAUACAGCAUCAAGGGGAGGAUAAUAUUAGGAAGAUAGAGGAGGAUGGCCAGGUUGUAAUGGUGACAGAGCUGAGAAACAGUUCUGGCGAAAAUGGUUCUAGGAAAGGUUACGUAGUUAUCCGGGGUACCGUUGAUCGGUUAACACAACAAUUGGUGGAAGAUACAACUCAAACGGAUCCCAACUACGUGGAAGAUUUCCUUUUAACUUUCCGAACGUUUAUUAGUGAUCCCAUCGAUGUUUCUAAACAGCUGUUGAAAUGGUUCAAUAUGGAUUCGACAGAUGAUGGAAGCGAACUGGUGGAUGCAAUACAUCAAGCGUCGGCUAAUGAUAUUUGCGAUCGAGUAACAAGAGUUGUGCUUCUCUGGGUGAACAACCAUUUUACCGAUUUUGACACCGAUCCACAAAUGAUGGAGUUUUUGGAAUUCUUCGAAUCCGCGCUCGAGAAGAAGAACAUGUUGGAACAGUUGAGGCUUUUGCAUGUGUAUGCUCAACAUAACGCCAGGGAGAGGAAUGUAACCUUGGCUAGAAGUUCGCGCGAUGAAGAUUUAAAUUUCCAAAUCUCUGGAGGACCGGGAGGAAUUUUCAUUACCAGGGUCGAACCCAAGACCAAAGCAUAUGAUGUGGGGUUGAAAAGAGGUGACCAGAUUUUAGAAGUAAAUGGGCAGAAUUUCGAGCAUAUCACCUGUGCUCGUGCAAUGGAACUGCUGAUGGGAACAACCCAUCUGAGUAUAACGGUUAAAAGCAAUCUAUGGGCGUUCAAAGGGAUGCUGUCUAAUGCCGAUGGCGACUCUAGCAAGCUUAAGAUCGACCUAAAAAAAGGACUGCGGGCAGAUCUGCUGCAAUCACAAAAGUCACUUGAUCUUGUCGAUAAAGCAGGCUUGUUUCCAACGCCUCAGUUCCUAAUGCCACUGCCGCUUAGAGAUGAUUAUGGGCGAAAGGAUUCUGGAGCUUCCACGCCGUCUUCAUCGCACAUGAACAACAAUAAGGGCAGUUUCAUGACACUCGGAGGCAAGAAACGACUUCAGAAGGCUUUGAUCAAAAUGAAUCUGCUGCCAAAGAAUAUAGUCUUCCAGGACGACAACAUUAACAAUAACAGCAGCAACAACAAUAACAGCAACUACGACAGUAGUGACCGGUCUUCCGGAAUUAGUGUUAAUUUUUCUUCGCAAGCAUCCUCCAUCUCGACAUCUUCGAUCACAACCGCCGACUCAGAUGAGACACCCCCCACAUCGACGUAUCAAAGCAAUCCGGAUUUAAGAGAACAACAUCCGCUUACGCCUGCUAAAACACUCUCAAUCGAUGCGAUUGUUCCUAAAAGUGGUACUCUCUACUACGAGGAGCUUCGUGCAAGUGACUACCCGGAACAUAUUCUCAAAGUGUACAAGUCAGACCAAACGUGCAAGUACCUUUUGGUGCACAAGGAAACAACGGCACACGAAGUGGUCAUGCUGGCUUUGCAAGAGUUUGGAAUUCAUGACCCAAGUUCGAACUUUUCUCUGUGCGAAGUGAGUGUCGGCGAAGGUGGUAUGAUAAAGCAAAGGCGGCUGCCGGAUCAGUUGCAAAACCUGGCCGAACGGAUUGGGUUGAGUUCGAGAUAUUAUUUGAAAACGAAUGGAAUCACCGAAACCCUCGUACCUGACGAUGUCGCUCCGGAGUUGAUCCGAGAAAGUGCGGUUCACUUCCUGCAGCUUAACGCCAACGAACUGGCAAUUCAGCUUACGUUACAAGAUUUCGCUAUCUUUCGGCAGAUCGAGUCCACCGAGUAUGUCGACGAUUUGUUUAGUUUAAAGAGCCGUUAUGGCAAGCCGAUGUUGGGCAAGUUUGCCGAGCUAGUCAAUAGGGAGAUGUUCUGGGUGGUGACGGAAGUUUGCAGCGAGCAUAAUAUGAUGCGACGGUGUAAAAUUAUUAAGCAAUUCAUCAAAAUAGCAAGGCAUUGCAAGGAAUGUAAGAAUUUUAACAGCUUGUUUGCAAUUAUCAGUGGAUUGGGCCAUGCGGCAGUUUCCCGACUGAGGCAAACUUGGGAGAAGCUACCUUCCAAAUAUCAGAAACUAUUUAAUGACCUACAAGAACUAAUGGAUCCCUCGCGAAAUAUGUCCAAAUACCGUCAGCUUAUACAGACAGAGCUUAACGCUCAACAACCUGUCAUUCCAUUUUACCCGGUUGUGAAGAAGGAUCUCACAUUUAUUCACCUGGGCAAUGAUUCCAAAAUCGAUAAUCUGAUAAAUUUCGAAAAGCUUCGCAUGAUUUCCAAGGAGGUUCGUACUUUGCUGCAGAUGUGCAACUCUCCGUAUGAUAUUCUUACAAUGCUCGAGCUGAAGUGUCAACCACCAAGUUCUGCGAUGGUAGCCCUGAACCAAAUGUCGGUUCCUUCCAGUGGAAAUCUGAUGAUGCCCCCGCCACCUGCUGUUCACAGCCAAACGGUGAAGCGGCGGAAAAAAUCUACGGCUGCUCCGAAUCCGAAGAAAAUGUUUGAAGAAGCUCAAAUGGUUCGAAGAGUAAAGGCAUAUUUGAACAACAUGAAAGUUACCACCGACGAGGAUGAAUUACAUAGACUAUCGCUAGAAUGCGAGCAGCAGGGCGGCAGUACGCCUAACAAUGUUCAGGUGAGAAAACGAUACCCAUCGCCAACGUUGUCUACCACUUCGAGUACCAGUUCGACUAGCGAGGGAAAAAAGGGGGCUUUGGGUCUCGGCAUGAGUAGCCUAUCGAUCGGAAGCUCCGGCAGUGGCAAUAGUGGUGCGCCAAAAUUUGGUGCCGCCUCACCUCAAGCGGUGAAAAAGUUACUCUCGCUUUCGGAACAAACUAAAACACGACCGCAUCAACCACGGCAUCCAUCGGUGGGUACCGUUUUGCCGCCUCCUCUGAACAGCAUACACCAUCACAAUCCGCUGGUGCAUCAUAACAAUCUGUCUCACUAUCACCACACCCAUCACACACCGUAUCAUCAUCAUGCAGGAAUUUCGAUAAGCCCUUCGCACGUGACCAGCGCUGGUCCAUGUUGUGUUGGCCCUGGCACUACCGGUGGAACCGGUGGUGGUAAUAUCGGAGUUCCACAUCAAUACCCUAGCGCCCACCCAAGCUAUGCAGUUUCCAGUGGGCUCCAUUUGUCCAACAUGCUUCCCAAUCCACCCAACUAUAACACCACUAUGUCGAUGUAUCCCAACGGGAGACCGGUAGUCAUGUCUAGCCGAUUAUUGGAGAGUUCUGUGGACUCCUCUAGUCAACUGCCACCUCCGAUGGAACUGCCACCGGAGAGCAGCUCAUUCCGUAGUCCACCGAACUAUGCAGCGCAAGCAGCCCAUCGUCGCAUCAACGCCAACAGUACGGUUAUGUCCUCGUUCCCUACGUCUCAUCAAAACUUUGGUUCUUCUUCGCGCAUCAUUGCCGCCGUCGGAAUAUCACCUAUCACGCCAAGCUACGUUGCGCCGGUGGUAAACGCAAUGUCCCCAAUGUACAGUGCCAAUUCUGGCAGUCCUGUUGGGGGAGGUCCGCCUCUAGCCAGCGUAAACAACGCCAAUCUGCCACCGGCCAUUCCAGCUAGAAUGCAUGAAUCAAGCGGAAUGGCACAUACGAUCGAAUCGGUUCAGUCUCCUCCGCCCCUGCCGCCGAGUCUGGACCUCUCAGUCGAAAGCAGCUCGGUGACCGUGCUCAGCAAUGCAGCUCCCGUUUUGUAGUGUGGAGUAAUUGAGCGUAGAACAAAUCUUCCGAAUUUCCGAAUCCCGAGGUGCUGGUAAACUACCAAAAAUAGCCACUAGCAAUAUCA